AUGGUCUUCCUGGCACUCGCCCUUGUGGCCGUCUCCGGGGCCGCCAACGACCCUCUCGUCUGCGCCGCCUGUGGCGAACCAACCGCCGUUGAACUGGCGGACGUGCAUUUCGCGCCCUGUGGGAGAGUGUUGCCCAACGGCGAAAAGUGUGAAGAGAAAAUGAAGAAGAGAUUCUUCCGGUGCACCCGCCCAGCGUGUAAACAACUCACCCGUUUCAAUGAACAGUUCAUGUCAUUUUGUAGACACCUCGUGAAGGAGCACAUAGAAGGGCCGCUUGAUAACCCCACAAUCCUGAAAGUUGCUAAACGUGCACCCCCCCAGAAGCACAUUCCUCUGCCAUUUGAAAUACCCCCAAUUGAGAAAGAUGUUGGUGAAGGUUCCAGAAAGAAGAAAAAAUCCCGCACCAAGUAG